AUGGACGCCUUCUCUAUCACCACAGGUGCCGCUGGUCUGGCCUCCCUCGGGAUCACGUUGUGCGAUGGAUUGAUCUCCUACUGCCGCAGCUACCAAUCCAGAGGCGAUGAUCUUCUGCAGCUUAGCCAGGAAGCCGAAAGCCUGCAAAAAUUCCUCCGCUUACUUGAAGAACGCCAGCCAGGGCCGACAGCCACACCGGAGACAUUGAGAUCGACACUUCAGGACAGUCUGGAUGCAUGCAAAUUGUGUAUGCAAGGAUUCGAAACGCUCCAUGCCAAGCAAUCCCAGCAAUCGCCAUCUCCCAGCUUGAAGAACCAAGGAAAAUCUAUCGUCAAGGGACUUCAAUAUCCCUUUCAGAAAGCCAAGUUUGACGACUUCAGACGGCAGUUCUCUGAGUUUUAUACCAGGCUAUCGGCACAGGUCUUGUUGCUUAGCUUGUAA